GCCCUGCUACUCCGGGACCACGUGAUUUCUGGGAAAAGGCUCUCCUCGGAAGAGAAGCGAAACUUAGGGUGGGGACUGUAGAAAGGGGCGGAGAGAUCUCGUAGCCCAGCUGGGAGCAGAGUUGCAGCUUGGAGAUCUUCGGGACAGCCUUGGACGGCAGAUCAGGAUGACUCUGGGCAAGGCGCGAAGUACCCGGAAGCUACGGACUUGGGUGAUAGAGCAAGUAGAGAGUGGGAAGUUCCCAGGUGUGUGCUGGGAUGAUGCGGCCAAGACCAUGUUCCGGAUUCCCUGGAAGCAUGCAGGCAAGCAGGACUUCCGAGAGGACCAGGAUGCCGCCUUCUUCAAGGCCUGGGCCAUCUAUAAAGGCAAGUACAGAGAAGGCGACCCCAGCGGCCCUGCUGCGUGGAAGACCCGCCUGCGCUGCGCCCUCAACAAGAGCUCUGAAUUUGAGGAGGUUCCGGAGAACGGCCGGAUGGACGUGGCUGAGCCCUACAAGGUAUACCGGCUGCUGCCACCAGGAACCCCCUCUGCUGCCAAGCCAGAGACCCGGAAGUCACCUUCAAAGCGACAUCACAGUUCUGUGUCCUUUGUGAAAGAGGAAGAUGAGGGUCCCACAAGGAAGUGCACCUUCAGUCCUGCCUCACACCAGGGCUCCUUGGAUGAUUGCUGGACACUGUGUGUGCAGGAGGAGACGGGGAACUCCGCGGGAUCAAGCCACUCCAACACUGGGAGCAGCAGCAACAGCCCAGAGCCACAGGAAGGUGUGGACGUAACUGCAGCUGAAGUCCAAGAGGAUUGGAGGACCUUAGAGCUUCUCCCUCUAAACCCAGCCCAGCCAGAGAUCCAGGAAUUGCCAUGUAAUCAACAUCUCAAUUUUAUGUUAUUUGUGAAAGAGGAAGAUGAGGAUCCCAUGAGGAAGUGCAUCCCAAGCCCCACCUCGUGCCAGGGCUCCCUGGAUGAUUGCUGGACACUGUGUGUGCAGGAGGAGACGGGGAACUCCGUGGGAUCAAGCCACUCCAACACUGGGAGCAGAAGCAACAGCCCAGAGCCACAGGAAGGUGUGGACGUAACUGCAGCUGAAGUCCAAGAGGAUUGGGGGGUCUUGGAUUUUCUGCGCCCUUCAGACCUAGACUACUCGCUGCUGCUCACCUUCAUCUAUGGCGGACGUGUGGUGGGGGAAGCCCAGGUGCACAGCCUGGACUGCCGUCUCGUGGCCGAGCCCCUGGGCUCCGACAGAAACAUAGAGCAGGUGGUGUUCCCAAAGCCGGACCCGCUGGAGCCUGCCCAACGCCUGCUGAGCAAGCUGGACCGAGGCCUCCUGGUGGCCAGCAACUCGCGGGGUCUCUUUGCUCAGCAGCUCUGCUCCCUCCACAUCUCCUUGCACACACCUCACGCGCUACCUGGGCCAACCCCGCAUCUGUUGCCCAACAAUAAGUGUGUGGAGCUCUUCAGGACCACCUACUUCUGCAGAGACUUGGCCAGGUACCUCCAGGGCCUGGGCCCCCCACCCAAGUUCCAGGUGACAUUGAAUUUCUGGGAAGAGAGCACUGGUUCCACCCAUAGCCCACAGAGCCUCAUCACAGUGCAGAUGGAGCAGGCCUUCGCCCGGCACUUGCUGGAAACCCCAGAGGAACAGGCGGCCAUUCUGUCCUUGCUGCAUGGGAACCCAGACUCCACCCAUCUCCCUUGAAGCAGUCCCGUUGUCCCCACUGUUGGGUGGUGCCUCCCUUUGUGGCCCUUCUCAGAGGUUGUCUGUGCUAGUUAUGCCCUCGAAUUCCUCACACAGCUUGGCCCAUGGAGAGCUCAAGGAUAAGUUCUGCUUCAUUUUAUCUUUUCAAAAAUGUUGAGAUACACCCUCUUAUCUCUAAGGGACUGGGACAUUCCAAAGUGGUGUGAACUCAGGGCACCUGUCCUCCUUCCCUCAAUCCCCAUACUCUAACGCCAAGCACUUUAUAUUUGUAUAUUUUCCUCCUAUGUCUAAUCUAAAGAUUUAAAAUAAAAUCUUAGAAACAAAAGCAGACAAAA